UGUGGGAUCUGUACUCAGAGAGCGGAAACGGAAGUAGCUUUUUCCCCCACGCGCUUGGGUUCUAGGAAGAGCCAGCAACCAGGAAGGAUUUUGGUUUGAGUGACUUAUAGGAAAUACUUCAUGAAGUCAUGACCCGGUGGGCUCGAUCAAAUGUCACCCACAGUAAGAAGGCUCUGGAUGCGACACCAUGGGAAGAUAUGAAAAAUGAUGCUGGAAAUGCAAAAAAGGAUGACAGAAAGACUUUUGGUAACAAGCUUUCUGUAAAGGGUACCCAGGAGAAGAAGAAAAAUAAGAAGAAAAAAGACUAUUUGAAUGAAGAUGUCAAUGGCUUUAUGGAAUAUUUGAAACAGAACUCACAAGCAUUACAUAAUGGACAGGUGAUCAACAGCCAUGAAGUAAGGGAAGAGAUAGCAACAGCUUUGAAAAAAGACCAGCGUCGAGAAGGGAGGAGAAUAAAAAGACAAGAAGUAAAGAAGAAUGCAAUGGUGUGCUUCCAUUGCAGACAGCCGGGACAUGGAGUUGCAGAUUGCCCGGCUGUACUUGAAAGCCAGGAUAUGGGAACUGGAAUUUGUUUCCGCUGUGGCUCUACAGAACAUGAAAUCAGCAAAUGCAGAGCAAAAAUAGACCCAGCUCUUGGAGAAUUUCCAUAUGCAAAAUGCUUUAUUUGUGGUGAGAUGGGACAUCUCUCCCGGUCAUGUCCUGAUAAUCCUAAAGGACUCUAUGCACAAGGAGGGUCUUGUAGGAUCUGUGGAUCUGUGGAGCACUUCAAAAAAGACUGCCCAGAGAAUCAAAGCUCAGAUUGUGUGGUAACUGUUGGACGGUGGAUCAAAGGAAUGAGUGCAGAUUAUCAAGAAACCUUAGAGAGCCCCAAACAGCAAAAACCUAAACAGAAACAAUCUAAAGUUGUUAACUUCUGACACCUUGUUUCUAGCAACAUCCAUUGUGAUGAUUUUCACAGUAAAAGAUGUCCUAAAAACCA